AAUCUCGCCCCCCCCCCCCCCGGUUCUCCUCAUUCUCCCACUCAUUUCCGGGCCAUCGCUGCCUUCAUUGCACGCCUUCUCCUUCGUCUCCUUCGUCAUUGAGCGCACUAGUUUGGUCCUGACUCUCGCAGCCGAUUUGUGUACGUGUGCGCGACAACUGACGAAGUUGCUUGAAAAAUCACGUGCGAGUGUUCGCGUGGUGAGGAAUUGACUGUAGGACCGGAAGCGCAGCGGGGAAGCAACUGGGCUCGAAUGGCUCACGGGAAGACUUCGAGGAAUUUGUGGAUGUUUUAAAAUGUGGAUUCAUGCCCGGGAUUGAGUGAGCGGUGAUUUGUAGUGCUUUCACGUGGCAAGCCUGCAUGGGAGGCCCUGAUUACCCUUGUGUCGGGUGAGAGGGUGCGGAUUACUGGAGUGGAGGAUGCGUUGUCGUGGUAGGGGACUCUUUAACUACAGAGAGCAGAUUAGGGGAGAGUCAGGAAUAAUCUAUGGACAGGGCGUGAGGUUGAGUCUGUGUGAUCACUUGUUGCAUGAUCGGUAUUACGUACAGGAGUAGGUGGCGACUUUUGGAACAAAAUGUAUUAGUCGGAAAGAUGGAUGUACGAUGAUGAAAUGCGCGUGGAGCGCUAAUCUGUUUAGACCGAUAGUGACGAUUCGGGGUUUUAUCUACGCUCUAUUGAAUGUAACUCGGUCUCCAUUGAGCAAAAGGCAUUUUGAUGAUAGCUUUGUGCCGUAGCUGGCUGCUUUUUCCUUCCUUGGUCUGUCUGGUGAGUAAUCCACUUAUAAAGCCAACGCGAAUGAACUGCCUAUCGGCGCUCAGUCUCCAAAGUACUCUUAAUUCGAAGGUUCUUUUUGAGAGCACCAUUUUGGACCUCACUGUAACGUGCUAGAGUUUCUGGAGACAGUACUGAUUAGGUGAGAAGCCGUAUCUAACAAGCUAUCCAACCUGAAGAUCAUUGACUAAGAGAUGGCCGAAGGUCAUUUAACGGUGCAAAAGUACCUGGUUGGCGCCAUGACCCGUGCUGGCUUGUCCGGGCGUAUCCACAUCGUAGACGCCUUCAUCAAGCGUUCUAGACCUCCUGCAAUCGAUGCAAUUUUCGUGGGAGCAUUAGCAGGGCUUCAGAAGGACAUCAUUGAUUAUGUGAUCGGUGUUGCGGACAGGGAUGGACUUGACAAGUGCCUUCUUAUGAGCGCAGCCCGAAUUUGGAGUUGCAGGACACUUGAGGAAGUUAGGUUCUUGGCUGACGCCAUACAGAGCUUGGCAGACGCCGGAGCUGAAAGCUUCCAGCAAGCUUUGCAAGUGAGUUGUGGAGAUGCUGUCAUUGAACAUUGGAAUGGCGACAUCUUCGUGGAAAAAUCCAAGAUACUCCAAAGAUUACUGGUUUUGGGAACUAACUACAUGACCCCAGAUUUCUUCGGGCGGAUCCUAUUAAUGAUUUGUGUGACCUUUCUGUAUAAGUUAUUCAAAUACAAGGAGAAGGUCAGGCAAGGUUCACUGGGAUUGACGAAACUGCACUGCAAAUCUGGAAAGAAUCUAUGCUGCGCAACAAUUGUACAGGACAUGUUCAAAGUUUUAUCAGUUGUAUGUAAACAUGGUGCAGCUGACGUUAUCAGUAGCCGUCUUCUCGACAUUGCUGAUAGAAGCCUUGAAGAUAUUGGGCGUUUGCUGCAUAUUUCGAAUGUUUCUAUAGAAGCAAGUAGCGCGGAGUGGCCACUGAAGGCUAUUAAGUUUCUACUUAUCGACUGUGGGAUCAAAGAUUUGAGUGUCACAGUUACUGCGCUUGCUGCAUUUCAAGCAGCUCGGCUGAAUGUUCUGCUCUCAGUGGUGCAAUGUUUUCUGAAACUGCAGUGCUUCGAGGCUGUAUACGUGUAUCUGAAUUUGUCCAUAACCUUCUGUCGAAUGGACGCCAUUCAAUACCUUCUCAGCGUCAUCCACCAGUCAUCUGACACAAGAAGUUUGAUUCACGUUGUCCGGCAGGCAGCUUCCGACACGGGGGGUCCCCCACUUGGGCCACAAGGAGUUCUUUGUGCCCUUCAUUCAAACUUUUUAAUGAAUAAGGAUUUUACCAUGAAUGAAGCUGUCACACUUGCUAAAUUGCCCGAAACAGAUCCAUCUGUGAAAACAGCUCUGAGAACGGAGUGGUCACAGGAAGCUUUCGAAGCAGGUAAACAAGCUGGAGAAAGGCACUUUUUCAGCGUUAUGCUUGUAAGGAAGCAUGCAAAAUCACCUUUGCGUGUGGGCGAGCUGCCAUUAGAUUUGCAAGUUGCAAUCGGAUAUCUUCCACUAUACAAAGACUGUUCGAAUACUCCUGGCAGUCUUUUAUCGCUAAGGCAACGGGGAGAGCUACUUGCAGCAUUGCGACAACUAUACCAAGGGAGCAGAAACCCAACGUAUUCUGAAUCAGCGUUUCUGAAUGCCGACAAGCAGACGUUGUUAAGUCGUCUAGCAGCCCGUCUUCCUGCUUGGGUCUCAGGGGGAGACCUCCGACGGUGCAAUUCCUAUUGAGGUCGAGUUCGGCUAAUAUCACAGGUACUGGUAAUCGCUAUAUUGAGUACUAUGAUUUCAAAUUAGCGCCGAGGUUGUAAAGACUCUCUCUUGUCGAACAAGUCAGCCGAUAUUCAGCAACUAUAGGAGCGUAUCUUCGAACUGUUUCUGAGCCCAGUCUACACUAGGAGUUUGAAGAAUUUGUACUUAAAAGACCUGGUCAUUCAUAUUAUCGCGAUCUUUGAUGAUGGUGGUUUUUUGCUCCUGUUAAAUCGAAGGGUGUUGAAAUUUCAUCAAUAUUGAAAUGACUUGAUAACUCUGCCGCCGCCUUUCACUAUAGACUUCUGGAAUCGAACGGCCACUCAUUGAAUGAGAUUACUGGUUCCUCUUACAAAAGUUGUAAUGUAUCAUGAGACUGAUGUAAUCCCCGUUUUAGUGUAGGGUAACGAAUUUGCUUCUUUGUUAAAUGAUAAUCCCUGAAGCUAGAAACUCGUCGCAUGCCUUUGACGAUAUCUUUUAUCCACCAUCUUCGACUUGUGGAUCCUCAAGUUUUCUGAAUGGGACUGGUACGACGAAAUAAUUGAGUCCAACUACAUUUUUCCCGACAUUUGCGUUAUCGUGACGUUGAACAUGUUAAUCAAUUAAUUAAUUUGUGCGUGUAGACAUUGGUGUCAUUGAUUCACUUAGUAUGCUACUCCAUCGAACGUGAGUACCCUGGUUCAACAUACUAUGGAAACUCUUCCGUUCCAAUCCGGGAUGAAAGAAAGAAGUCUAGUAUUAUCUUACAUGAACAUCGUAUUACGUAACCUGGUUGAGAGUUGACGGUUGUAAACCUUAAUGUCGGGGUGUCUUCCGCAUGUUUAAUAUUGUGCGACAGCACCUACUACCUAUUUUUACAGGAAAAAUGGCACAUAUACUGGCAUUCUCUAGCCUUUCAAUUUGUAACGUGGCGAUGAGGGAUGGUACUCUGAUGAAUCACCAUUUUUGUUUCCGAGUGCGGAAUCUACAAUCUAGAAUCCAGAUAAGGCCACUCCUUUUUGCGGUUUCGGUGCAGAUUUUAGUAUAGCUACGUGUCAUUCACUUGGAAGUUGAGAUUGCAUCACCCUUUCUUGUCAUUUGGCAGCCCUAAUUCCCUGUCUCAGUGCGUGGUGUUUAACUGGCAAUUUGGAGCAGCGUCCGCUGCGCAGCUGAUCCUUGUUGAAUCAUGAUACUGGCUUAUGUCAUACGGAUCAUGUACUCCGUGACUCAGAAAUGUCAAUGUCCUUGACUGUUGCAUAAUGACAAUGGCGGCUUUUCUGCCUCCGACAAAUAUACUCCA